AUGCGUCACGGGAAAAGGCCGACGCGCAACACGGGCCCUUGGUCCUCGCAUCGAGUCUUGAACGCUUCGUCACCCAUUAUCACCGCAGACAUUCACAGUUUUCUUGUGACAGCUGUCUCGAGCUGGACUGCCGAAGCCGACAGCUACACCGAGACGGAAAAGCGCUCCAUCAUUGACAGUCUCCCGCCACGGUAUCGAACGUACGAACUCGACGCCGAAGGACGCUUGAAAUGCCCGCUCUCAGUAGAAUUUGUGCUCGACGACCCUUACAUCAAGGCAGCAGUGCACAAGUUCAAGAGGGAUGUGAGUGAGGGAUGCUACGAAAAGACUUGGCAGAAUCAAGCCAGGAAAGCCAUGCAAGAGAGGCGAGACGGCAAAUUUGACCCUUAUCUGCAGGAGCAGACGGAGCAGACAUUUGGAGAUCCGAGCUCCUCGGAUGGCCAAGAUGAAACCGCUGCUGACAAGAACAUCGAGCCUGAAGUGGAUUCGAGUGACGGGGACUGGGCUGAGCGGAACAGCGGAAGCGCAAGAGGCUCCAAAAAGAACAAGGGUGUGCCACAGACGUAA